UUAGAGUUUUGUGACUGCAUGAAAGAAGAUGAAUCUCAAGGUAGUAUUACGUACUUUGAUAGUAAAUGUGCGUUAAACUUUGAAUUCAUUCAGGAGCUCAGCCAUGCCCUCAUUAACGAUUGAGUAUGAACACAAUUGAAGGUGAAUCUAACACAGUUACCUUGGAAACGAUCAGCUCAGUAACUCUAGCCCAGGACACCGAAGGCAAUCUGAUUCUACAUUGUCCUCAGAACGAUUUAGACUCUGAGGAUAAUCAAGAACCUCUGCACAAAAGGCUCUGUUUGUCAGCUGAAGAUGAUGCAAGUCUUGAAUCCACGGGUAUCACAGGCCCAUUUGCGACAGUACAGUCGGUUGUUACUCUCCCAAUCUCAGACAACGAUCAAAGUUUUGAGGUAACCAUGACUGGAGAGGCAGCAUCGGAGCUGUCUCAAGCAACAGAAAUUGAAGACGCUGAAACUAUUACUCAGAUACAGAUCUUGCACAAUGAAGAUCAAAUUGAGGGAAUUUCGCCCCAGAACAACGAAGAUCUCGAUCCUGUCAGUCAAGCAUGGUUUACAACAAAGGAAGAUAAGGACACCCUACAGAACAAAGGUCACAAGUGGAAGCAGGGAAUGUGGUCAAAGGAAGAGAUAGACGUCUUAAUGAGCAAUAUUGAAAACUACCUACAGAUUCAUGGUCUAAGCGAUGCUACAGAAGUCAUAUUUGAAAUGUCUAAAGAUGAAAGAAAAGAUUUCUACCGAACGAUUGCAAGGGGUCUUAACCGGCCAUUGUUCGCAGUUUACAGAAGGGUGCUCCGAAUGUAUGACAACAGAAAUCACGUGGGAAAGUACACGCCACAAGAAAUUGAAAAGCUCAAAGAGUUGCGAUCCAGGCAUGGGAAUGACUGGGCAACGAUUGGGGCGGCUCUGGGAAGGAGUGCUUCCUCUGUGAAAGACCGGUGCAGAUUAAUGAAAGACACAUGUAACACUGGUAAGUGGACGGUGGAGGAAGAGAAGAGACUGGCCGAGGUGGUGCACGAGUUAACAGCCACUGACCCCGGCGACAUUGUCACACAGGGAGUAUCUUGGGCAGCAGUGGCGGAGCGAGUGGGGACCCGCUCGGAGAAGCAGUGUCGCUCCAAGUGGCUCAAUUACCUCAACUGGAAGCAGAGCGGAGGGACGGAGUGGAGCAAAGAUGACGAAAUGAACCUAAUCCUGAGAAUUGCAGAACUGAACGCAGAAGAUGAGAGUGAGAUAAAUUGGGACGUCAUGGCUGAAGGUUGGAGCAGUGUCCGCUCUCCGCAGUGGCUGAGAAGUAAAUGGUGGACAAUCAAGCGGCAAGUUACGAACCACAAGGAUCUGACAUUUGCAGAGCUGGUUGAGAGUCUGCGGCAGCUGGUGGAGACCCUGAAGCAGCCUCACCUACCGGUGCACCAGCUUUCCGAGGGUCAAACAGGGUCGAGUUCACGCAGUUCCAAUCCAGCCUCUGUCCAGCAGCUACGGGUCCGGUUGGCUCAGAUGGAGGAGAGCAGCAGUGUCCCGAACAGCCCCGUGACAGCCCUACAAAUCCCUGUGCAGAUCACUCACGUGGCAACAGGGGAUUCCUGCGGCACUAAUGUAGACUGUGAAACAAUCACUCUGAACGCUGGAACCCUGCAGAGGUUCGAAUUCCUCCCAUCAUUCCGGCUGCAGCCCACAGGAACACCAGGAACGUACCUGAUCCAGACCAGCUCAAGCCAAGGCCUUCCGAUAACCCUAGCGAGUCCUGCCGUCACACUGACCUCACCCUCCUCCCCGGAACAGAUCAUCGUGCACACACUCUCAUCUGAAACCCUCCUCCACGGUACCAGUGACAACCCCAGUGUACAGAUAGCACAGCCAAGCGUCAUCAUCCAUGCGGUUGCCACCGAUGACAUUACUUCCUCCAUAACCCAAGCGGAGCUGACGGUUGACCCCGAAAUUGACCAAGCUGCUCUGACUGAGCGCCAGAUCGACUCCAGCUCACUCGGAUCCACUACCUACAGUGAGAUCGAUGAGGCAAAGCUAACCGAGGACCAAGGCGCUGGUCAGAGCGACCUUGCCGGGACAGAGAUUGGCCAAGCAAGCCUCAGCUGUGACAGUCGUGAAGAUAUGAUGGGCUCGGGUGUCAAUAUUAACGAGACAGACCUCCGGCAGGAAGUUGAGGUUCAGUCCGAUCUCAGUGGUGCUUACACAGCAGAGGCUCUGGUAUCUCCCAGUAUCGAAGCAGGCAUUGAUGAAGAAGCAACACUCAUCGUGUCCUCGGAUCACAGUUUCAUUCAGCCCACAGACGACAUUGACAAUGAUUCCGUUUUGCCAUUAUCAACGCUGACUGAUCCUAUUUUAGAAACACAAGGUGGAUGCACAGACAUCAUCAGCUCAUCCCUGGAAAACCCAGAUCCAGACGAGUAAAGAUCAACUGUGUACCUGCACGCUCAGUGAGGAACACCGAUGGAAACGGACCGAGGAACACUGAUAUUUCCAUGUAUGGUGCUGCCUUCAAAAAAGAAACUGCGUAGAACUGAAAUUUCAGAGCAUCAUUGUCAUUUGAAUUCACUUUUCCAUGGUACAGAUUUACUAAAUGUGACGUUGUACCAAGGGAAAGAUAUAUUCAAUAAAUGCAUCACCCCUCCCUCUGCUUAUUAUGUUGAAGAUUGACAGAUAGGAUUAUUUAUUUAAGCAGUUGAGAAACUGUGAAAUGGAAGUGUUAUUUUUUUUACUGAAUGAAUUUAACUUCACCUUUAAGAUAGUUUGAAAGUUUCUAGUUUUAAGUCUUCACAGCUUAUAAAACAACUCUGUACAAAGCGGCUUUGAACCUCGUUAUCCAUUGUCUCUAAGGGUUUUAUGCACACAAACGCACAUUCAGGUAUUGCAAGGGGGUUUAAAUGUUCUGAGUUUUAUACAUCUUGUUGCAACCUGAUUGUAUGUUAGAAACAAGAUAUCUGAAUUUCCCCAGUGCAUCUUAGUCCAGGAUAGAACAAAGUGUUCUGGAGUCCAAUUCUGGCACCAUUUUGUAAGCAGUCUUUGUCUGUCCUCCCCAUGGAAUGUGUGGGUUUCCUCUGGGUGUUUUGGUUUCCAAAGACGUACCAGGUAGGUUCAUAGGUAAUUGUAAAGUGUCCCGUAAUUAGUUUAGGGUUAAUUGGGGUUGUGGGGUUGUUGGGACGGUGCGGCUCGAAGGGCUGUACCACUAAAUAAAUACCUCUAGCCCACCACCUUCAAAACAAAAAGCAACUGCCCAAGGUAUAAUUAAGGUCAAACACUGCCCCUGAAGCACGCUUGCACUAUAGUAACAAUAAAAAUACUUAAGGUUUUGUGAACACCCAACAGCACAGGCCCUUUGGUCACAAUGUUGUGCCAACCUUUUUGUCUGUUCCAAGAUCAGUCUUACCCUAACACCUCAUAACCCUCCAUUUUUUUUCCUAUUAUCAACGUGCUUAUCAAGAGUCUCUUAAAUGUCCCUAAUGUAUCUGCCUUUACUGCCAUUCCUGGCAGCAAAUUCCACACACCCACAAUUUACCUCUGACAUCCCUCUAUACUUUCCCCCCAAUCACCUUAAAAUUAUGCCCUGUCUUAUUAGCUAUUCCUGCCCUGGAAAAGGUGCUGGCUGCCCACUCAGUCUAUGCCUGUCAUCAUCUUGUACACCUCUAUCAAGUCAUCUCUCAUCGUCCUUUGCUCCAAAGAGAAAAGCUCGAGCUCACUCAGCCUCCCCUCAUAAGACAUGCUCUAAUCCAGUAAAUCUCCUCUGCACCUUCUCUAAAGCUUCCACAUCCUUCCUAUAAAUGAGGCUACCAGAAGU